GGGCGGAUCAGGGGCAGCGGGGCGGCGAGGCUGCGGUCUCUGGACUAGGCGAGGGGGUGCCGGGGGCUGGAGGUCCAGAUCUUCAGUCGGGGCGCUGGGCACAACAGAGAGAAGCGGUGAGACACCACGGAGCGUUCCCAGCUGGGCGCCAGGGCCGCCACGACCGCCCCUUUUCGGAGAUUCGGCGAGGAGACCUGCCUGCGGGAGAGACCCCGGGGAGCAGAUUUGUGCGCACAGAGGAGAGAGUUCUGGGGAGGGGGUAGGAGUCCGCCGCAGCUGCCUGCAGUUCGCCCAGCUUGCCUGCCUGGCGUUCUCCUCCAGGAAGCCGGAGAUCACCAAGCUGCCCCUCCCCUGAAUACUUCAAGGGUCCUAGGGAAGGGAACAGGCCCAGCCCCAGGAAAGGGGAGGGGCGGGAGGGAAGGUGCUUCUGCCAGAUUGGGAACCUUGCUUCUCUGGCCAGAGCCUGGGUGGCCUUCUUACUGGGCCAGAUCACUCAGCGCUGGCUUCACCCCUCCCGAGGCCCUGUGCCCCCUGGGGUCUGAGAGUGAGGGCGCCAGCACUUCUGGCUGGGGCGGGAGGUGGGGGUUGGAAUAGGUCAAGACAUCGGAAGGGCUUGCUUGUUCACAGUUACACGCCCAGAAGGGUGCUUGGCAAACUACAGCCUCCGUAAAUACAUGAGGCUCAGCAGAGGGAAGGAAGAGAGGAAUCCACUUCUGGAAGCCCAAGUCCAUCCCUUUUGCUACUAGGACCUUCCUCCUCAAAAGGUGCUGAAUAACUGAGUCCCUGCCCACCAAGGCCACCCGAAGCCAGGUGGGGCCAUGGCCAGGCAUGGCUGUCUAGGGCUGGGACUGUUCUGCUGCAUCCUGUUUGCUGCUACUGUGGGCCCCCAGCCCACCUCCUCCAUCCCAGGUGCCCCUGUCACCACUUUGACCCCCGCACCUCAAAGUGAGGCCUCUAUGCUGUCUCUCAACCUGGGACUUAACUUCAAAUUCCAUCUUCGGGGACCUGCUGCUGUCUGGGGGAGCCCAGUCACAGAGACCCAGCCACUCUCUCUUGGGCCAGGCCAGGAGCCAGGGGAAGAGGUGGCCAGUGGGCUGAGGACUGACCCCCUUUGGGAAUUGCUGGUGGGCUCCUCAGGGAACUCUCUCACCGAGUGGGGCUCCACCGAAGGCGGCUCAAAGACCCGGGCCUCCUCCCUGCUUCCGGAGUCCACAUCCCAGCGCUCUGGGCCCAGCGAUGGGCCCACUGCCCCCUAUCAGCCCAGGAGGAGCACUGUGACCUGGGACACUGCUCUGAUGGUGACAGCACUUCCAUCCAGUGCUCCCAGGCCCCACCAGGGCGAGCUGGAGCUGAAAUUUGACAUGGCACUGAGAGCAGGUGCAGCCCCCACGCUUGGGCAUCGAACGCUGCCCCUGCUGCCCAGCCUGCGGGCCAGCCUGGCAGAGAUUGCUGGGCGCCUGGGACCCUUUGGAUUCUUUGGCACUACUCUGUCACCACUCCGGAACUUCUCUGGCCUGAGCCCCCCAGGUGAAACUACAUCCACAAGCUCUGCCUCUGGAGUUUCAGGUUCUCUGGGGUUCCUUGGUACCACUCUGUCCCCGCCCCCAUACUCCCUGGAGAGGAAGCUCUCCAGCCCAAGUCCUCUGGACCCAGCCGCUUCCCUAAGUUUUGCCUCAAUUGCAACAACAUCAUUAAACCCCACAGUCCCCACUUCUGGCCCAGAUGACCUCUCUCCUCCCGCCAGCCUCGGGAACCCUUCGGGGCAGCCAGAGUGUGGGCCAGGGUCCUGCAGCGUGGGAGAAUUGCCUGAACGCGAGGGGCAGCCUCCCGAGGCGCCGAGGCCCCUCUUUUUCCUGACCCUGGAGGCUGACUGGGCAGAGGCCAGGGCUCGCUGGGGGCUGGCCUGGGAGGCCCACGUGUACGGGGUAGGCGCGCUCUUCGGCCUGGUUGCCCUGCUGGCGCUGCUGGCUCUGGCCCUCUUGCCCUGGCGCUGCCCGCCCGGCGCCCCCUGCCUGGCGCUGCUGGACCUGCUGCUGCUGUCGGCCGGGACCACGCGGGCCUUCCCGCUCUUCUACGACGCCUAUGGGCACAGGGAUCGACUGCCCGCGCUCGCCUGGCUGCUGCUGCAGGACCUUCCGCUGCCCUGCCUAGCUGCCGGCCUGGGGCUGGCCUGCCUGCUGCUGGCCCGGCCGCGCCCGCCACGGUGCCCCGCCGGCCUGGCUGCGCUGCUGCUCCUGGGGCUGGGGCUGGCGGCCGCCGCGGCCCUCGGGAGCGCCGCGCAUCGCCCGCUGCGGCCCCUGCGGCUCGCCUCGCGCGGGAUGCACGCUUUCCUCGCCGCUUUCCUUUCGGGGCUGCUGCUGGCGCUCUCCUGCUGGGGCGGGCGGCGGCGGCGGGCCGGGGCGCCCCUGGGGGGGUCGGGCUUCAAGGGCGCCACACCCCUGCCGCAGGUGCGCAGCCCCUUCGCCCCGCGGGACUCCUGGCGGCGCGCGGCGCGCACGGCCCCGGUGGCGGGCACCUUCGGGCUGCUGAGCGGAGCCCUACAGGGCUAUGAGGUGCUGCACGCCCUGGGCUACGGCGGCCAACCCGGCCUGGAAGGGCCCUGGCCCUGGUGGGCCUUCCAGCUAGGCCUGCGCCUGGGCGAGGUGGGCGUCGCGCUCCCGUUGGCGCUGCUGGGCCUCUACCCCGCUCUCUGCAGUCCUCGCGCGCCGCCGCGCUGCUGGGCCAAGCUCUUCCGCUUGUCCCCGGGCCACGCGGCUCCGCUGCUGCCGGGAGGCUGGGUCACUGGGCCCCCGGACAAGGAGCCCCUGGGGAGCGCCAUCGCUCGCAGCGACGCGGAGCUGCUGCAGCUGUGCGCGCUAGCAGGGCCAGGCCCAGACCUCCUACUCCAGGGCGGAGGUUGCCGGGGCUUCGAAGGCGCGGCUGCCAACCCGGCCCGGUCCCCGGCUUCCUCUCCCUGCAGCGAUUACACCGUGGACUUCCGCCCGCCCUCCCCAAUCAACCUGCGACGCAGCAUCGAGGAGGCCCUCUGCAGCGAGGCCUUGCUCGCGCCUGGCCUCUUCCAGGGCCCUGCCUUUGAGGACGCUCUGCCUGGGCUCGGCCUCUACCGCACCGCCUCGCUGGAGACCGGGGGCAGGCCCAGUGAGAGAUCAGGGGAGGCCCCUGGCCCCCCUGCGCCCCCGGAGCUCCCCUCCCCCGGGGCUUGGCCCACAGGCAGCAGCGUCUCAUCUGGCUCGUUCCGCGGACUCUCGCGGGACAGCUCGUCCAUGCUGCUGUGUUCCAGCCCCGACAGGCCCCCGCGCUGCCCUCUGGUCUGCGUCCUCAGUCCCCCGCGGCCCUCAGGAAGCAGCCCCAGCCUCCCGGCCUCAGGAUCCUACCAGGCCCUGUCCCCACCCUCUCGCGACUCCCCAGAGCCUGCUUCUGAGCUGCAGGCCGAGGAGGCCUUGCUGCAGGAGCAGUUUCUGGACGCCUGCCGACAGAUCGACGAGCUGAGCGUGGGCAGCGACACCAUAGACCUGUGAAGAGGUGGCCACCUUGCUACCCUGCGAUAUGCCCCUUUCUGGCGCCUGCCCUGCCCGAGACCUGCACACUGUAACCCUUUCCCAAUCCUGCCUAGCUCAGAUACCUCUCCAGCUUCCUUCCCCAUCCAGGGGUCCCUGGGUGGGUGGGUCAGCAGCCAGGCUCUAUUGAUUUGGAAUCAGUGCCACCUUCUCUGGAGCCCUGGGUGCUGAUGCCCUCAGCUGCAAAUCUAGGCUGGCAGGGGUCCCAUUUUCCUUGGCAUUCACCAGCAAUAAAGCUCCAAGGUGCUCCACUCCUGACCACCACUCCCCACUCUGGUGCUGAGUGAGAGGGGCUGUCCUCAGAGGACCCUGGGACCUGCCUCAGGCCCCCUACCCACCUUUGUCAUGCCUAGGAAUCCUACCCCUGUGUGAGUGGGACUCCCUGUCCUCCAUGUGACACCCACAGGGGUCCAUGACCCAUCUAGGAGACUUUAUAGCAGUUGGGUGGGAGGGGAAUGCUCUUAAAGUUAAUUUAUCAAUAAAAUAUUUUCA